AUUCACACCCAAAACAUUCACACCGAUUAGUCGUAUUCUAACUUCUCUUUUCAAUUCAGUUGAUAUGCUGAUGCUCACCUUUGCCUCAACCUCUUCGGAUCUUCUACCAAUGUCCAACGUUUUUGACGUUCAAUCUUCCGUUUUCUACAACGAAAAGAACAUGUUCUACUCCUCGUCUCAGGACUUCUCCUCGUGUGAAGAUUCUUCUCAAUUUGCCGACGACUCGGGAUUUUUUGAUGACUCUGAGAUCAGCAGCAUCGGCUACGAGAUCGGCUCCAAGCUAGCAGCAAUGUGCGAUGACUUCGAUGCUCAGAUGAUGUCCUACUCGGCCCAUGCUUCCGACAGAAGCCUCUUCCAUCGUCUUCUGGACUUUUUCGCUUUUUAAGUGAUCAAAAUCUCCAACUUUUCUCCAAUUUGUACCAUGAUUUCUCAUAAUACCCGGUGUUUUUUCUUCAUUUGUGAUUAUUUUUCGAUCUCUCCGUCUCCAACUCCCCUCAAUAUUUGUACCAUAGUCCUUUAUUGCUCAUAUUUAUCUAAUAAUAAAUAUGGUUUUUUUUAA